GAUCGCUGCAACUGAUGAAGGCCAUCAUCAGGCGGAUAGGACGCAGCGCAACGGGUCGCUCCAGACACUUUCACAACCCCUAGACACGCGAAAUCUGCUGGGCAAAGAGGCGGACUACAAACAUCGCUCAUCAUGCCUCACUUGACUCGGCGCUUUACGCUUCUUCGAGCGCCUGAUGGCACUAUGGUCACGCCAGAUGCAAUGCGAGCUCAUCUACGAGCGCAGCGUGCCAGGGCAAGAGCAGCCGGCGAGGGAGCCCAUUUCCUCACAGAAGCGGAGGAGGACGAGAUCAUAGACCAGCUGAGGAGGCAGACACAUAUGGAGCAGAACGUGGGCAGUGUGGGUCGUACUUCGGCAUUGCUCAGUCCUGGUGCCGAUGGUUUCGGCGGCAUCGACACGUUCGCCGACAGUCAGGCCUCUGAGAUUCCGCCCACGAACGGCUUUGGAGGGACUGAUGGGUUUGGUGACUGGGGAGGAAGUAGCUCGAAUGGUCGGAGCUCGUCCACUGUCAACAAUACCAAAAGCCUUGCUGAGAGCCUGGGCGACUUUCAACCUUCGCCCAACUCUACCCACUCGUCUUUCUCACGUGGCGAGGGCUCUCUUUUCAGCGGACGAAGUACUGGUCGAGACAACACCUACCUGCGCUCAUUGGCAAAGGAGCGUAUUGCAGGAAGCGCGAUCGCCAAUAGUGAUGGCUCUGAGCAGCAUCCGGACAUCAUCGAAGAGGAGCGCGAAGAGGAUGAGGAUCAGGGUGCGACUAUAAGCCUUUCUGCGGACCAGUCCAAUGAUCAGGAUGAUGCAGUUGGGAUGCCGGGCGACUUCACAGCUGCUGAUCGUCGCCCUUCAGACACGGUAAAGGCUGUGGCUGCUCCGAGGCAGCAGCAGCAUCUCGCAGUACCAGGGGCAAUGGGCGCUCUGGAAGGCGGACAGCGUCAAUCUCAAUUGCUCAAUCUAUCUCCGGAGGCCUUCAAGCGCGUCAGCACGGCAUUGGAAGAGGUUUAUGGUAUGGUCUCCGGACGUGUCGAGGAGGGCAGUGGAGAUGAAGAGCCUACUGAGGAGUCACUUGAAGACGAGGACGAUGAGAGGCUCGAUCAAGUCUUGGAACAAGGCUUGGAAGCUUACCCGCAAGACGAUCCGAACCUCCAAGAAUUCGUUCGCAGUCCUAACAGCCGACAUGUGUUCAUCAACAGAACCGAGCGCAGGUCGGUGGACAGCGACGAUCGAUCUUUCGCUUCCGCUCACUCCAACGUCGCUGCGUCGGCGAUUCAUGCAGACACUCAGAAUUGGGGUAGAGACGGCGUCGGUCGGCCUGUACACGAUUUCUCUGGCGCUUGGACUUCCGAUCCGGUGCUGUCUAGGCUGGGACCGGCAGACCUGGCCUCGUCAAGCCGGAGCCAACAGCCUUCGCUUCACGUGGAAUCAAUCGAUCGUCGCGGCGGAACUACCCCUACACCUCGCAGCAACGCGAGCGAUCGAGUCAGCGCUGUGUCUGACGCUCGAUCAUCGGCUUUCAGCGGCCUGGCGUAUGACGCAGAUGAGCCUGGAGACCUGACACCAGGUCGAACUCGGAGUAUACCCAAGGCAGGAAGUUCGAGACUAGACGCCUCGGCAUUUCCUCCCGUCGGAUCGCGAAGCAGUGGCAAUGGAUACGUCGACCACAGUGGCUCAGGUCACACCUCUCCGGAACGUCGCAACAACACAGCUUUGACGGGCCGAGAGCGGUCCAACUCCUCUCCUAGCGGGCGAGCUGGCGGCGGCGGAGUCAUGAGCUACGCGCCAAAUUCGCGCUCCCACGGCAGCAACAAUAUCAGUAUUGACGCUGCCCACGGUCGCGUGAAGGUCAGUCCAAAUCAAGCCGGUGCACACAAUUAUCUCGCAAGGCUGGGCAACGACCCAUCUUCGUUGGCAUCCCUCACAGGAUCGGCGAGGAGCAUGAGCCCUGGUCAGCCCUCACGAGAAGGCGCAGAUUUUGCCAGCAGUACUGCCGAAUUACGCCCCUUAUCGCCCCCUCAGAUGCCUCCAAGGCUCGCAGACCUUCGCCGGCCUUCGGAAACUUCAGUCGCGACGACCAAUGCAUCCGGCUCGGGAACGAGCACACCCGUUUUAUCUGCCAACGCGAUUGCAGCUCGCUCACAGCGCUACUUUCCUCGAUCCAACUCAUCGGCGCGAUCGCACGCCGAUGGCUUUCGACCGGCGCCGUCUAGUGUAGCUGCAGUGGUGUCGAGGUCUCCUCUUGCUACAGAGCAGGCCACUAGACAGCGCGCUGGCUCGACGCCCUCUAAAGCUCUUCAGAAUAUCACGCAAACUCCUGCGCCGCCGUUUGGAGAUCAACUUCUACCCCCGCGGCCAGCAGGGGACCGCUUCUGGAGCUCUUCAUCCUCCGAUGCGGCUAGUGUCGUCAGCACCGCUUCGGAAAUGCCACAUUUCGAUGACGAACCGGAUGCCGACCCGGACGAUGUCUGGGCGCGCGUCACGCGCAGCGAUGGACGUAGGCAUGAUCGAGAUGCUGGUGCAGAAGCUAUGAGACCUAUCUCUGUUUUGCCUCCUGAAGCAGCUGCAAGCCAACUUGCAGAUGCGGGUUUCAAUGUCGGUCAACUGGCUGAGCUCCAGCAGAAGUUGGUGAGAUCCGCCAGUCAGAAAGAGAGCAAAGGCGUGCAGCGAGCCCCAUCACAAGGUGCGGCUAAUAACGCUACUCAGGCUGCCCCACCAUUGCCGACGUCUACGCCGGCUCGAAACGGCCCUCAGCACAGCACGCCGCCUUCCAUGAGCAACGCGUUUGCGCUGAAUGGCUACGACAAUAAACCUCCCGCGGAGCAAGAGCGAGACUUGUCCCCCUCGAUACGGCCACUAUCUCCGUCGAGCUCCAAUCCGAAGCUGGACAAGGCUCGAGAGCGUGCGCGGAUGCUUGCUGAGCGCAACCAAGGUAGUCUGUCCUCUAGGUCUUCUGAACGUGAUCUCAGCAAGGCACGAGGCCGACCUAGCGAAGACACUCAAGAGUCAAGCUUCGCUCUAGGGUCGAUGCGGAGCGAAGACCGAGGCUUUGCUACGCCCGAGCAAAAGGUGUACAGCAGCAACGACAGGGCUUUGCCGAGUGUGACGCAUUCCGGAUCUCAGCGCUCAUUCAAAUCUCAGGUGAUGUACGAUGUCACGACGAGUCACAGGCCAACCUCACCUCCGCCUCGCACCUCUUUGAGCACUUUACCUACGCUUCAAGAUCUUGCACUGAACAAUUCCUAUUAUUCACCGACCUUCCAGCCGAUUCCCGCCGUCGUCGAUCCCAAUCGUCAAUCGCUCUCUUUGAGCUCUGUGGUAGAGAACGCAGCAGCGCGUGCUGGUCGUGACUGGCACGGUAGCCAAGACUCUACCUCGAGUUUCCACAAGGGUUACGAUGGAUUUGCCGGUUUUCCUGGCGCCUCUGCAGCUGCUAGUCUGAAUGCUCACGCGCUGGCCAUACCUGAGGAAAGCGGAGACCAAGAGUGGGCGUCUGGACACGAGCAGGCCGCAAACGUCUCCUUGCCUGAUGGAGAUGGCCUCCAAUCUCCCGUCUCCCAGGCCUACGAGGUCCCUACGCAGAACGGUCACGCAGCGCCGCACAUGCCGGAAGUGCAAGCCAACACCUGGUCCGACACCGGCAACGACUCGGUCACACGCUCGGUGGACAACAAUCUCGUGGACGAUGUGGAAGCACAAGCACGCGCUGCCACCCUAGCUCUGAAAGGCACCGACGACCCUGGGCCGCGCGUCGCAGUGCCUCAGCGCGCCAAAUCGCUGAGCAAACGCAAGAGCAAAAAGCUUGCAAAGUACAUCUCGCAGCCGCAGCUCAUUCAGACCUCCCAGAAAAUGGAACAUGCGGCCAGCAUUCCUCAUCCUGAUGCUACUCUUACAAGGGACGCUGGCAACGCAUUGGCGACAUCUCCCUCCGCCAGCUCAAAUGCUCGAUCACCGAUCCCGGCCUUCAACCGUGAGGAACGAGCGCGCGCUCCACUUUUGUCUCCCGGCGGCACCGACUACAGCCGAGACUCGUUCCUUCGUCAAGAAGCUGCGGGCGGGACCCGUCAGGCCGAGAGCAGCGCAGUCAGUAAGAGCCCCGCGAGCUCAUUCGGCAGUCCUGCUGUUCUCCCGACUGGUCCAAAAUCAGCACCCGCUACUUCUUCCUCAGCCCAAACACGCAUCGGCAGCGCCAGCAACGCGCAGUCCGCUUCGGACCUCUUUGACAACCCCGCGAAGCCUGCGCCGCAGCGCUCUGGUAGCGGAUUCAGCAAGCUCAUGUCACGAGUCCGUUCACGCAAGCAGUCAACAGGCCCGAUGAUGACCACCCCUAUCGACCCGUACCCCGCUACAACGCCUUCGCCAGGGGUGUCCAGCUCGCAAGGGCCCUCCAAGACAGGGCCUCAAUCCGUCGCCAGCCAACCGACGGCAAGCAAGGUCCAAUCCGGGGCAUCGCCCAAGUCACACAAGGCUCUUGAGCCAGUGCCAAGCAACAAGGCAGAGGAUGUGCGCGCGCCACAGACACAGGCAGCUGUUGGCAGCGCCCGUGACAUAGCUGUCCAACUUCCAGAGGCAUCUGCUCGUAGUGUGGUUGAGCUGACACCUAGACUGGAAGAGACGAAAAGCAGCUCGAGUGCGCUCUCUGAGCGCAAAAAGGCUGGCCUGUUGGGCUCGCCAGCGCAUAUACAAGAUGCUUGGGGCCAGCAGGCCUUUGAGCAGCCAGAUGCGCAGCUCUCCGAUUUAGCGCAGGCGGUGUUGCAGCAGAGCAAUCUUUCGGAACCACAGGAUAGCGUCCAGGCCACGCCUCGCAAUGACAAGCGCAAGUCCGCCCGGGACACCGUCGUCCGCAGAACGAUCAUCGUUGCAACCGGUGCAGACCUCUCUCGCUUGUCGGCAGAUGAGAGACGUAAAUCGAUCAUUUCGACAGCGUCCCGCCGCAAGUCCCGACGACCCGGCUUUGGAGACGAAUCUAUUCCCCUGCCGACAGAUUGGCAAAACUACGCCGCUGGCUCAUCGGAACACUUGCGCGCCUCUGAUGACGUGAGCAGCAAAGUUGAGCCCGGUGAGUUGCGCGGCCUGCCAUCACCGCUUCCACGCAACAACACCUCCUCGCUACUACCACCGGUCUCGCCCGGCAGAGGGCCGCAGAGCGCUUCUCGUAGCUCUUAUCAUGGAAGUUUGUACGACAUGUACAUCGACGACGACGAGACACCACAAGCUGGAUCCAUACGCUUCCCAGCUUCAGCCGGGCUGCAACCGCCUCCGAGCGCGAACAGCUACGUCGCCGAGCCGCGCGGUGGUCAUAUAGAAGUGACCGAGCGUGCAGACGGAAGUGUCGUUUGGCAAGUCAUUGCUGGCCUCACUGAUCGCGCCAGCACGUACAGCGCGAUGUCUGGAGGAUUUGUUGGUGGGCACAGCCGUGCCGCAAGCGACACCAGCCAGCUUUCUUUCCGGCCACCACGAGACAGCAUGGUGGAUGACUCUACGCCGGACCCGCAACCACGCACCUUCACUGGCCUUACAAGCGACGACAGUCGCAGCUUCUUCGCUCGUUCGCGAGGCGGCAAAGAGCAUCGAAAGAGCUUCUCGUUUGACGCUUCGAUUCCAUUACCACCGCUGCCCACCACCAUGGCGAAGUCCCGCACAGCGCGCUCCAGCACAGAUCCGAACAAUUCCACUACUGAUGAGGCCCUCGAAGGUGGUCCCCACGAUAUGCCGCCAUUACCAGUCCCUGAAGGAGCUGCGCAGCCUCGAGUCUCCACUUCGGCAUCGCGUCCCGAGCAGCUGGGUUUCGACAUGGCCAACACUGCGCCUGGUGAAGGAGCAACGCGCAUCGUCUACACCGACGACGCUGAUCUGGCCGCUAUCAUCGAAGCAAUGAGCCGUGGUGGCGAUGCCGCUAAAUUCGAAUUCAGCCGCGUGCCUGGCAGUGCCGCUUUCCAAGGCUUCCUCGAUGCGUCCGACCAUCCCUCGCGCCCCGUCAGCACAUGGACCGGAGCAAGUGCAGAUUCUGGUGAAGCCCGCACUCAUCGCAUGAAGAUUGAGGCGGAGAUCUUCAACCUCUUGCAAACGGAUGGCGAUCUGAGAGCCUCUACAGAUUGAGCGGUCUAUCGCUACGCGCGCCACUCCCCUUCGCCGCCUGCUUUGUUUGAAGCAAUAGCUUUUGCAGGCUUUCUUAGAGGCGUUUAUGAAAU